CGAGACCCUAUCCUAUCACUCUCAGUCUCUCACAGGAAUCUCAGUUUCUGUUCUAGGUCUUCAAUCUCUCGACGAUUUGUUACCGAUUUACAUAAUUUAGGUCGCUAAUCUAUUUACUUUGCAGACUCUCUUAACCCUAACCCUAAAAUCCCCAAAACCCUUCCAGUUACAGCAGCCUAACAGAGAACAUGGGAGAAUCAAGGGAGAACGAAGCAUACGAGGAGGAGCUUCUCGACUAUGAAGAAGAGGAAGAGAAAGCCCCGGACUCGGUCGGUGCCAAAGCUAAUGGCGAAGCUGCCAAAAAGGGCUAUGUUGGAAUACACAGUUCGGGAUUCAGAGACUUCCUCCUGAAGCCAGAGCUCCUCCGAGCUAUUGUGGAUUCAGGAUUUGAGCAUCCUUCUGAAGUGCAACAUGAGUGUAUUCCUCAAGCCAUCCUGGGCAUGGAUGUCAUCUGCCAAGCGAAAUCGGGAAUGGGAAAGACUGCUGUUUUCGUGCUUUCUGCCUUGCAGCAAAUUGAUUCGGGUGCAACUGGUGUUACUGCUCUUGUUUUAUGCCACACAAGAGAGUUGGCUUAUCAGAUUUGUCAUGAGUUCGAGAGGUUUAGUACCUACUUGCCUGAUAUCAAAGUUGCUGUCUUUUAUGGUGGUGUCAAUAUCAAGAGUCACAAAGAUUUACUGAAGAAUGAAUGCCUCCAAAUUGUUGUUGGGACACCCGGAAGGAUUUUGGCAUUGGCUAGAGACAAAGACCUUUCGUUGAAGGAAGUGAGGCAUUUCAUCCUUGACGAAUGUGACAAGAUGCUCGAAUCACUUGACAUGAGAAGAGAUGUACAGGAGAUUUUCAAAAUGACCCCUCAUGACAAGCAAGUUAUGAUGUUUUCUGCUACGCUUAGCAAAGAUAUCCGUCCAGUUUGCAAGAAAUUCAUGCAAGAUCCAAUGGAAAUUUAUGUUGAUGACGAGGCCAAGUUAACCCUUCAUGGUCUUGUACAGCACUACAUCAAACUGAGUGAGUUGGAGAAGAAUCGCAAGUUGAAUGACCUUCUUGACGCAUUGGACUUUAAUCAAGUUGUCAUCUUUGUCAAGAGUGUGAACAGAGCGGCCGAGCUGAACAAGUUACUGGUGGAGUGUAAUUUCCCUUCAAUAUGCAUCCAUUCAGGCAUGUCGCAAGAAGAAAGAUUGAUGAGGUACAAGGGUUUCAAGGAGGGUCAUAAAAGGAUUCUUGUAGCUACUGAUUUGGUUGGUAGAGGGAUUGAUAUUGAACGUGUCAACAUCGUCAUCAACUAUGACAUGCCGGAUUCUGCUGAUACUUACCUGCAUAGGGUUGGUAGAGCUGGUAGGUUUGGCACAAAGGGUCUGGCAAUAACGUUUGUCUCCUCAGCUUCAGACUCUGAUGUUCUUAAUCAAGUUCAAGAGAGGUUUGAGGUAGAUAUAAAGGAGCUUCCUGAGCAAAUUGAUACCUCUUCAUACAUGCCGUCAUAGUGGAGUUUUUGGUGGAAGAAGUUGCGGGUCUGGCCCGCACAUGGAUGCAGAAUAGCAGAGAUGUGGUUGGUGCGGCCUCUUCUACUUGUUUCUCAAACUAAUGUUGAAUGCUUUAGAUUGACGGCUGGAUGGGAGAAGUAGAUGCUUAUUUUGUGUUUUACUUUGCAAUCUCAUAUUAUUAUAGUUUAUUUAGACAACUUUGUUGUAGAAUCGCUUAUCAUUUCUCUGUAAGCAAACUUGGACUAGAUUUCAAUUGGCUUGUAUUCGUAAUGGAUAUGGGCUUUUAUUGUUAGGGAAAAAAAGAACUCCAUCUUCGUAAUGGAUACCAGACAUGGCUGUGGAAUAUGAGCUUUAUUGCUAGGGGAAAAAAAGAACGUGAAUCAUUGAAUGGAAGGUGAGUGCUUAUUUUUGGUA